CACUGAUACAUGGCACUGUUGGGUGGCACUGACUGGCACUGUUGGGCAACACUGGCACUGAUAGGUGGCACUGAUUGGCAGAACUGAUAGGUGGCACUGAUGGGUUACACUGAAAGGCAGCUCAGAUGGGCACUGAUAUGUGGCAUUGAUGUGCACUGGUAUGCACUGUGGCAUUGAUGGGCACUGGCAUGUGGCACUUCUGGGGCCACACUGAUCAUCGGGGUACACUGAUCAUCAGUGCCCUGAUGAUCAGUGAGAGAAAUGCCGAUAACCGAUUGGACACAGCUGAUCACAUGACCGAGCCGACAUCUUCGGCUCUUUUUGUGAUCCGCUGUGUCCAAGGGACA